AUAGGUCGUGCAGCUGGUAUUGCUCGACCGGAGUGAACAUCCGGGGCUCCCUUCAUGCGCGCACGAAUACAACAAUGGCGAUGUUGACACGCGCCGUGUGGGAGGACCCGAAACCACACAGUCUUCUGCGCCUGAGUUCAGGCGCACGACGAGAGAAAUUUACCUGGAAAAGACACCUGAACACUCGCUCUUCCUUUCGAGUGACCUAAGCGGCAGCAGAGUUCCCGCCAAGAGCAAACCUGUCGGGGCGUUGCAGAUCGGUCGCAUCACCUAUGUCGUUUGGCGCGUGAGAGAAAAGACGCAUGCGCAUGCUGUCACGUGUGCGUGUGUUUGCUCCGAGAAGGAGACGCGAGGGAGUAUUUAAGCCCCCAUCACACACACGGCCAGACAAGGAUUAAAAGAGGAGUGAAAAAAGGAACAGGAGGAGAGUGGAACUGGCCAAAGAAAUCGGGUGGAAACAAAGUCAGGCUCUCUGUCUUGUCUUCGAAUAGAAGCGGUGAAAUAGUCUCUCGAGCUGUCAGGGUUGAAAGUUUCUUUUCCUCUUCUUUCCUUCCUUGAGGAGAAAACCGAAGAGCACGCGCUUCAUUCAGAAAGCAAACAAACAGUCGGUUGCCUUAAUGUGUCACCUUUUCCAGCUGACGGUGUUGGUGUAGUGUGCGUGAGAGAGAAGACUGACUGCAAGUUCUGCCUACGAGAAAACAAAAUUACUGUGAAAAGUUGUUAUUAACCUUCAAACAGCCUCCAUGCGGUACAAAAUGCCUGGAUAUAACUACAUAUUGAGUUUCGUCAUCUUCGGAUUUCUCAUAAAGGACAUUACGGGUACGGGCGUGGUGGAAGUCCGAAUGGACCGAUUCUCCGUGACCCCCAGUGACGUCACAGCCGACUCAUGCUGCACAGCCAAAACCUGCGACUGCAGUAUGCGCAUGCGCGUUUGCGUGUUUAACCGGAACGAGAGUGUAUGUAGCGACCGGGAAAUGCAAGAAAGUGAUUCUCUAGGUCAGUUUGUGAUCGGUCGGGUCGAACCACCCCUUCAGGUCUUUACAGAGAAGCGCUUAGACAUCUUGAACCUUCGGAUCCAGGUUCGCUACGGACAAAAAGGUUCUGAGGGGAAACUAGUCUGCGAGUAUGUCAUCGAUAUCUCAAGCGUGUCUGUGGGCCGCAGUGUGUUGGAGUCGGCAUGGUUCCCCUUUACUGGCAUCACACAGCUUCGUGGAAUUCCCUCAGCAAGCCUCCGAAUCCAAGUGAAGAUUUAUUGUGCGACCAACUACUUCGGCAACCUUUGCCUGACCUUCUGCAGGCCGGUGCCUAGCCGUUACAGGUGUGACGUCAGCACUGGCCGAAGGGUCUGCCUUGGACUGUGGUUAGAACCUGACUGCGAGGAAGCUCACGUGUGCGAGCGGAUUUAUCCUUGUCUGAACGCUGGCACCUGCAACCCGGGACCAGGCGACACGUACAACUGCACGUGCGAUGCACUGUACACGGGGCCCAACUGUUCUCUAGUUUUAUCAAGCAAAAGUCGGAAGUGA